UAGAACACUAGAUGUAUUAGAGAAUUCUGUGACAUCACAGAAUUCUGCAAAAUUCUGCAACACAGUACCUCUCUCAUCUCAGAGUUUAGUUUUUAUUCUCCCCAGUGAAGUGACUUAGUAUUUUUAUUCAAGUACAACCAUCACAAGAGAAAAACACAUUGACAAGACUUGAACGAAAACGACAAAAGGAAAAGAGGAAAAGACAAAGAAGAGACAAAGCAAGGAAGCCCUGCUCAUCUGAAGAUGUCUGAAGAGAGACAGGACACUGCUCCAAGCAGCAUGGACAAAACUGUAGAAAAGAUCGCUGACACCCUCGUUUCAGACGUCAUUGAACAGGUUGCUGCGAAUCUCAGUGAGCUGUUGCAAAAUGUUCGCCGCUGGGAUUCAGACGAGCAUGCCGUGUCUGAGGAUAACAAAGAUGGAUCCUCAGCUGGUUCUCUCGUCCAACAGAGGGUCCAGCAACAUCUGGAGAAGUUUUUCGCUAUGCGGCAGGUGUUUGCUGAGCAUCGUGGGAAUGGUCCAGAGGACGACGAGGUCACCGAAGAAGACGUCUCUCCAGCUAUGUCUGAGGUGGUAGUUACACCCGAUUCCCAGGAGAGCACCAAAUCAGCCAGCAAAGCCAAGAAACCAGUUGCUAUGCCAUUCAUGAACAAGCUGAAGUUGGUGUGGAAGAGCCACUUUGGCAGAAAGCAUAGCAAGAAGGUCAAAAGGGCUUCUGAUAGACACCUGAGCUCCAGUCCUGAGAAGCAGUCCAUGGAUGAAGAGGAUGCCAUAGAGAGUGAGAGAGAACAAGAAGCCUCCAUCAGCUUGUUUCUGUCACCCAAACAGGUAGAUGAAGUUCCUCAGCCAAAGGGUGAACUGCUGGACUGAAAAUGAAACAGAUUUCCAGGAGGAGAUGAGACACGAUGAGGUUCUGAGGGCUGCUGCCGACACUGAGGAGGAGGUGUCUACCCCUGACCUGGUGGACAGCUGCUCUCAGGCCUUUGAAAAAACCUCAACUCAGACUUCCCUGGUGCAGACAAUUCAAGUCUUGCCCAUCAAAGACCAGGAAGACUUUUACACAACUAAGGCUGAUGAACAGACAAUAAAAAACCCUCUAGAGCCAGAGAAAGAGGGAGACGAUAAAGAGAGCACGGAAGUGAGGAUCCCUGACACAGGAUCAUCCUCCUAGACUCUCCAGUAUGUCAGAGGAGAGCAAGACCGGCAGCUUCAUCUGCUUCCCCUCCAUGUACCCCCCCAUCCAUCUAUGAGGCAGCAAACAUGAUUGUCAGCCAAGUCAUUGAGCAGGCCAUCAGGACACUGGAGUCUGAGGCCAAAGCCAAGAGAUCAGCCAGUACAACCAUCUUCAAAACACUGAAGACAGCGUGGAAGAAACGCUUUGGCAAGAGGCAGAGAAAUAAGGUCGUACCAACUUCACAGGAUGAGGGUCAAGCUGAGUCUUUUGGUCUGGAAGAACUGUUUGCUGAGCCUGUCGAGGUGAAACCUGCAGAGGCUGAGGACGACAAGGUAAUGGAGAUACCAUCAGGACCUUCAGAAGAGGAUGGACGUACUGUGGUUUCCCAGGGAGGAAAUGAAGCAGCAGCAGACCAGACAGUCAUCAUGAAUUCCUCCACCAUGUCUCUCGUGAUAAUGAGAUUCUUCCAGGGUCUCACUGAAGAGCAAUGGAGGGAAGUCAGCGAGGGCGUUUUCAAUCGAGACGUGAAGGAGAAGCUGAUUGACAUGUGUGUGGAUGUGUUGAAGUUCUCCUCAGACUCAGUCAUUAAAAAUGUCUUGGAGUCACUCGCUCAGUCAUCCACCUCAUCCGGCACAUUCACCCUGAAGACCCACUAUGACAUCCAGAGAAGUGUGGAGCGCUCCUUCAG